CGUUUCUGUUCCAACUCUCAAAAUCCAUCCGAUCGUGCUUGAGUGUGGAAGCAUUUUCUUGUUACCAGCAGCAAAGCAUAGCUUAAAAAAUAAUUCAAUCAUCUUCAAUUUGCCAAGAGCAAUCGAAGAAAUUAGCAUAACUUAGAAGAAUAUUUGCAUCGCGUGUGCUUUGCCUGUCUACCUCCUAGAUUAAAGCCAGUGUUAUUACGGUUAAUUGGUGUCCAAAAUGUUGAAGCUGAUUACAUCACGCUGUGCUCAGUUAAAAAUUCGCGAGGGCAUCUUGGCAGCUGUCAGCAGCAGCAGCAGCAGCAAAACCAGUUUCGUCGCAUUGUCAUCCAAUGGGUACCAUCAGCAGCAGCAGUCUCAGCGCCAGCUACACAACAGCCUAAUUUCUCCCCAAAGAAAUCUGUCUACGUCCAACCCGAAGCUGCAAAGUGAAGAGGUUGAAAUCACAUUUGUCCGCUCGAGUGGCGACCGGAUAAAGGUGAAGGGCAAGCUCGGAGACUCGCUGCUGGACGUGGUCGUCAACAACCAGAUCGACCUGGACGGAUUCGGUGCGUGCGAGGGAACGCUGACUUGCUCCACGUGCCACCUCAUCUUCUCCAAGGCCGAUUACGAUGCGCUACCGGAGAAACCGAGCGAUGAAGAGCUGGACAUGCUGGAUCUGGCCUACGAACUGACCGAUACUAGCCGGUUGGGGUGCCAGAUUGUGCUGACUAAGCAGCUUGAAGGGCUGGUGGUACGGGUUCCGUCGACAAUUAACGAUGCCAGAAAGUAACGAUGUCCUAUGGGCGGGCAUAAUCCUCUUCACGUCUAGAGUUUAAGGUAAGGUGGUGGGAUUGUGUGCUUCUGAGGCGCAAAUGAGCGUGAACGAUCAAUGGAUGAACGAGAGUUACUCACCGUAAGGCACACCAUUUCUGUUCCAGUUCCGUCUAGAUAGUUUUUAUUUUUCUUUAUUUUUUUUUCAAUGACACCAUUAUGUGCUUUGUAUUGAUGCAAAAUGGAGCCAUCUUGAUGUAGAAAUUCCUCAUAUAGCUUGAAGCCAACGACAACAUUUGAAUGAUGUCUGCAAGUUAGCUGUUUGUUAGAUCGGCAAAUUGUAACUUGAAGUACGUACGUUUGUGUUCGCGAAUGGAAGUAUAGAUUUGAUAGUGUUAUUUUCAAAAUCUUGUUGAACAAAUAUAAAGUUAUAUAAAUAUUUUA